UCCUCUCACUGCUCGCGUCGUGUUCCUGACACACACACAGAGGGAGGGAGAGAGAGAGAGAGAGAGAGAGAGAGAGAGAGAGAGAGAGGUGCAGGUCUGGAGAGCUGCUGAGAUGUUCCUCUCCGCUGGUUCCCAGUGAUUCCUCCUCUCCGCUCCCACUUGGAACUACGUGCAUCGCCGCCGCUUGGCACCGGGAGCGUCGGGCUUGGAUGAAGAAUCGAGGGCGAGCUGUUGCCACUUUUGGCGAGAGGAUUUCUCUCUUUUGAUUUUUCUCCUCUGCAUCUGGAUUAUUUUCUUCCGUAUUUCUCGUUUUUGAUUUUCCCUCUCCAGGAGAUGGCAAGUUGUUGCCCGUGCGACGCAGCGAUCCGCCGCUGAACGCUCGCAGGAUGAUCCUGGAUCUGUUACUUUGAGACAAUCUGCGCUCGUUUGGAUAAAACCCUCCCUGGACGUUUCUCCUCUCCCCUCGUCGCGUCUUUUAUUUGCUUCUUUUUUAUUAUUUUAUUUCUCAGAAUGUCUGUGUUGUACAAUCACACACGGAUGCUCGGUGGAUUGCUAUUGUUCCUUCUCACCCAGGUCGCCUCGGUCGCCUCGCUGACACAGACCGAUAAAUGCGGGGGGAAUAUAGAGAUCGACGUCGCGGACUACCUGACCUCCCCGGGCUACCCCGGCGCCUACCCGCCCUCCCAGGCGUGCGUGUGGGUGAUAACUGCCCCGGAGCCCGGUCAGAAGAUCCUCAUCAACUUCAAUCCCCAUUUUGAUCUGGAGGACAGAGACUGCAAGUACGACUACGUGGAGGUCUACAAUGGCGGCGACGAGCUCUCGCCCAUGUUGGGGAAGUUCUGUGGGAAGAUCGCUCCGUCCCCCAUCGUCUCCAGCGGCAGCCAGCUGCUCAUCAAGUUCGUCUCCGACUACGAGACCCACGGGGCCGGGUUCUCCGUUCGCUACGAGGUCUUCAAGACAGGUCCAGAAUGCUCCAGGAACUUCACGGCUCCCCGGGGCGUCAUCAAGACGCCGGGCUUCCCCGAGAAGUACCCCAACAACCUGGACUGCACCUUCAUGAUCGUCGCCCCCAAGAUGUCGGAGAUCGUGGUGGAGUUCGACAGCUUCGACAUGGAGCCCGACACCACACCCCCCCCGGGCGCCGUCUGCAGAUACGACUGGCUGGAGAUCUGGGACGGGUUCCCCGCAGUCGGUCCCCACAUCGGCAGAUACUGCGGCCCCACGUCCCCGGGCCGUGUGAUCUCCUACACCGGCAUCCUGUCCAUGACCAUCACCACAGACAACGCCAUCGCCAAGGAGGGCUUCUCCGCCAACUACACCAUCCGCGAGAGGAGCCUCCCCCUGGGACACGAGGACGAGGAUUUCACUUGCAUGGAGCCGCUGGGCAUGGAGUCGGGGGAGGUGUCCACGGAGCAGAUCAGCGCCUCGUCCCAGUACAACCCCAACUGGUCCCCGGAGCGCUCCCGCCUCAACUACCAGGAGAACGGCUGGACGCCCUCGGACGACACCGUCAGGGAGUGGAUUCAGGUGGACUUGGGAUUCCUCCGGUUCAUCACGGCCAUCGGGACGCAGGGAGCCAUCUCCAAAGAGACCAAGAAGCAUUACUUCGUCAGGGCGUACAAAGUGGACCUGAGCUCCAACGGGGAGGACUGGGUCACGGUGAAGGAGGGCUCCAAGCAGAAGAUCUUUCAGGGGAACCACAACGCGGUGGCCGAGGUUCAAGCUUUUCUUCCCAAACAGACUCUGGCUCGAUACGUCCGCAUCCGCCCCAUGACCUGGGAGCAAGGCAUCUGCAUGCGCUUCGAGGUGUACGGCUGCAGGACGUCAGACUACCCGUGCUCGGGGAUGCUGGGGAUGGUGUCGGGUCAGAUCUCCGACGCCCAGAUCAGCGCCUCCUCCUACGCCGACCGCGGCUGGGUCGCUGAGAACUCCCGCCUGUUGACGGGGAGGUCGGGCUGGACCGGGCAGCAAACCAAGCAGCCCUUCAGGAACGAGUGGCUUCAGGUGGAUCUGGGCCAGGACAAGAUGGUGAGCGGUGUCGUGAUCCAGGGAGGGAAACACCGCGACAGGAACGUCUUCAUGAAGAGGUUCAAAGUGAGCGUCAGUGUGGACGGAGAAGAGUGGAUCUAUGUGAAGGAGGAAAACACCACCAGGCCGAAGAUUUUCACUGGGAAUCAGAACCACGACACUCCGGAGCUGAGGUCCAUGGGUCCGUUCCUCACGCGCUUCGUCAGGAUCUACCCGGAGAGGGCCACCCCCGAGGGCCUGGGCCUGCGCCUGGAGCUGCUGGGCUGUGAACUGGAAGAAAUCACAACGACAGCGCCCCCUACCACGCCCAGCGCCUCUACACAUCUCAUGACCACGUUCGAUUCCACCACCAAGGCGUCGACCCCCCCGCCGUCCACCACCCACGGCCCUCGCUGUGAGGGGGGGCAAGCGGACUGUGGCGGCGAGACGGAGGCGCCCGGCGACACCGAACUGGUGACAGCAGGAGGCACCGCGGCGGCCGACCCGAUCGUGGACUUCAUGCCAGCGUACGUGUGGUUCGCCUGUAACUUUGAGUUCUCCUCGUUCUGCGGCUGGUCCAGAGAAACGGGACACGGCGCCGAGUGGCUCAUCCAGACGACCGGAGCUCCGGCCGUCCACCGAGGACCGACUCACGACCACAUAGGCCGACCGGGGAACUUCAUCUACAUGCAGCUGAUGGACACAGAGGCGUUCAGCAAGACGGGCGAGGACGAGGCGGAGAAGGGGGCGAGGCUGGCGAGCCUGCCCAUCACGGCCCCGGACGCCGACCUGUGCAUGUCCUUCUGGUAUCACAUGUCCGGUGACCACGUGGGGGCGCUGCACAUCAGGCAGAGGAAGGAGGCCGAGGGGGAGCAGAUGCUGUGGACGCUCAGGGGACAUCAGGACAAACGCUGGAGGGAGGGACGGGUCCUGCUGCCGCACUCCAGCGUCUCGUAUCAGGUGGUGGUGGAGGGUGUUGCAGACCGACACAGCACAGGUCACAUAGCUGUGGACAACAUCCAGAUCCUGGAUGGGCUCAAUGCCAAGGAAUGCAAAGAUCCAGAAGUUCCAACGUCUCCACCGACUGACAUCUUCAUCCUACCGAUAGACUCUCUCUCACAGGACACCAGCGAGCUCAGAGGCCCGGGCAACAUGCUGAAGACCCUGGACCCCAUCCUCAUCACCAUCAUCGCCAUGUCGGCUCUGGGCGUCUUCCUGGGCGCCAUCUGCGGCGUGGUGCUCUACUGCGCCUGCUCGCAGGGCAGCAUGACGGACAGGAACUUAUCCGCCCUGGAGAACUAUAACUUUGAGCUGGUGGACGGCGUGAAGCUAAAGAAGGACAAGAUGAACGGACAGACUAACUACUCAGAGGCGUGAGGGCGGGGCCGAGAGACGGAGCCGAGGACGCUCCGAGCGGACACAUGAUGCAGCCAAUCAAACGAGAGGGCGGGACAGCAGGGGUGGGCUGAGAGGGAGCCGAUGUAAUUUGAUUUCUCAGGAGGGGCGGUGGAAGGGACCGACCUGUAGGGGGCACUGUGUAUAAAGAAUCUGUACAGCAAAAAAAAAGAAGAUGAAAAAGAAGACAACUAUGAUUCUAUUUGUUUUUUUCUCGACGUGCUUUGUUGAUUUGUCGCCAUCACGUGCUGGUGUUGAGACCAACGCAGACGAAAGAGUCGUUUGUGUACUUUUAUGGAAAGAAAAUAUCAGUUUGUUUAUUUGUUUUGAUUUCAGACGUUAUCGUUUGAACAGGGCAGAGUGUGUGUGUCUGCAUGUGUGUGUGUGUGGUCAUUACACUCAUGUUUAUCCAUAUCCAUUAACACAUAUUUCUCUCUCUCCCUCUGUGUGUGUGCGUGUAAGCAAGCGUGAAUGCAAUUGUGUUUGUGAUCAUUACACUCAUGUUUAUCUGUAGUAUCCAUGAACACAUAGUUCUCUCUCUCCAUGUGUGUGUGUGCGUGCGUGUGCGUGUCUGUGUGCGUGCACGGCAGGUACCGUCCUGACCCGUUGACCUGUGUCUGGUUCCGACAGUGCCUUUUAUUUCUUCCAGUUUUUCCGUUGCCUUGUUUUCUCAUCAGCUGGUUCUGUCCGGGGUUCCCACACAAACAUGGAGGGGAGAAGAGUCCAGAAAGUGAAUCUUGAACUUUUUCCAGAUUGUGAUCAUCACACUUCGGUGUCUUCAGGGUCGUCUCUCGUGUCGGAGUCGAUCUGCAGAUCCUCUUUGCUCGACGGCUACAGACUCAAAAUGUUCAAAUCCAAGUUAACAGUUACGUUUUCACACGAUGUGUCGGAACCCUGAACGCCUCGUUUUCAUGGCACAUAACACAUCCAACAUAUUGUACAUAGCUUUUAAUAUAUUUGAGCGCCCCUCUUUUUUAUAUAUAUAUAUAAAAAGACACCAGUGCCGCAGUAUCCUUUCCACGUUGAAAUCAAACUCAACUUCAUCUUCAAAAUUUCAGAAAAUGUACAAAAGUCUUGAUUUGAACGGACAGAGACAGAAUCCUGUUGUUUGUGUUUGUUUUGAAAACGUGAUCACGUCGUGAGUUGUGUUGCUGUGUCCUGGGAACACAACGUUUUUUAACAAUGAGGAAACGUGGAUUCAUGAUUGUGGAGGAAUGCCUCGUGGGAGGUGAUGGUUUGUGUACAGGGUAAAACGGACAAACUGGGAGACGGAUCGUUGGACAAGCAAAAUGACUGUUGAGCGUUUGAGCUGAAACGUGUCCAGCGUCAGAAAGACUUCUCCAGAGAGCGCCUCUCAUCUCGGACAGGAAGCAGACGGCUCUGACCCAGGAUCAGUGUUUGCUGUGACAAUGCUGUGUGUGUCUGUGUCUCCAGUGCUGACUAUCAGAGGAAGGAUUUAUACAUGAACUUUUAUCACCAGGCGACAAAGAGAAGCAACACACUCAUCACGUCCUGGAAACGACAAACAGAAUCAAGUCUCGUCUUUUAGAACCAAGAUGAGGUCAUCAGAGCAGAGGCCCAACGGGGAAACCCAGUAAACCAUUCAAUUCAUUACUUUUAAUUAUGUAAAAAUACACAUUUGUAUUUCUUUUCAUUAUUUAAAACAGGCGAAAGUUGGAUUUGCAGUUAAAAUACUGUGGUUUGAUUAUUUUUCCUGUUUGUGUUACUCACCAGUGAACGACCCUGACCAGUGUCCUUCUACAAAUUCUGUUUCUUUUCAUAAUUUACAACAGGUUGUAAAAAUGUAAUUUGCCGUUAAAACAUUGGUUUGUUUCUUUUGCUUUUUAUCUGAAGGAAUCUGCUUCAUAAACUCAUUUGACUUUAAUCUGCAUUUUGAAUGGUGCAAAAGGGUUUUAUUCACUGUGUCCUCUUGAAAAUUGAAAUUUAUAAUCCAAUUUUUCAUAAUCAGCAUUGCCUUUGACAAGUAUUAAGUUAACAACAAUUUGGAUAACGGCAUAAAAACAAAUCAAACUGACUUGUUCUUACUUUAAAUUGUUCAGUGAACGUUGGUUUUAAAAAACUAAAAACAAUAACCUUUGUGUUAAUAUUCCUGCUUUGCUCUGUUUGAGCUUCCAUCAAACGUUUCAUGUUCACUCUGCACAGUCACAGGUGUAAGAAGUUGUGACUUUUUUCUGCACACAAACCUGUUUUCAAACAACACAACUCAAAAUGUGAAGCGAGACGGUGGCUCAGCGGUUCGUUGUGAAUCGAUUCUCCGGCCCAUUUUUAGGUUUUUCUGUUUUGCCGUGAAAGAAGAAACUUCCUCAGUUGAUGGAUUUGAAUCAGAUCCUCGUCUGGUUGCUCCUGAUUCUCCUGAUUCUCACAGAUUCAGUCGUUCAGUUGUGUGUUCUUGAGUCUGACGGGAACUUGUGUGUGUGUGUGUGAGUCGGUUACGUGUUGAUAAAACAUUUCCUCCUGAGCAAGAAAGGAUUCUGCAGCACUCGACGAGAAAAACAAAUGUUGCACUGAUAUAUUUAAAAAAAUCUAUGUGUUUAUGAUGUUGAUUUAAAAAGAGAGAAGGAAAGUAGAAGAGUGCUAUUGUUGCUUCUUUCUAAUAGUUUCAGAUGACAGUGAUAUGAUUCUGAAAUGUACAAUUUACAGAGAUGUUUUUCAUUCUGGAAAAAGCUUAUAUUGUCUCUUUGAAACGUAACAACUUUAUUUACUUGGUAUAAUAUCACUUUGUCUUUUUGUGCCGUCACUGAUCUACGUGCCAUUGUUUCUUUAUUUUCAUUUUAUUUUUUUCCCCCUUGUACAACAAGAAAAAAAAGUUUUAUUUUCAAUACUGCUUCUGUUAUUUUUGCUGUCUCAGAUCCAGAAAAAAAAAAACAAGAAAGGAAAUAAGAAGGUUUAAAAAAAGAUAAUUAUGGGAAACGUGAGGCCUUAAGUGACUAAAAGUAUUGUUUGUACUUUGACUUUCUGGUCAGCACCCACACUCGCCGUCCCUGUCGUCUCAGACUCUCAUCAUGGACUAUUACAUUCCAAAGAAUUGGAUCAAAUAAAUGUUUUAAAUAAAA